GCAUAAACAUUUUCGUUGGACUGCAUUAUUAUCUGCUUUCUCACAGGAAUGAAAUGCAGGAAGCCUUCGAUGUAUCUGCAUAGGAACAAAAUGGCUCCAGUAAGUGCAAUGUCGAUGGGAAGGAACUCCACACUAUGUAGUAUCAUAUGCUGACGAAAUACGCUGAUAUCUUAUAUAUAGUCAGUAAAUUCACUGACUUCAUUCAGAGACCAGAUAGAAAUUCGUCUUCUUACACGCUCUAGUAAUUUAUGCAGCUGUAUCAUAUAAGGAAACACAUAUGCCAAGGAUCCGAUGAAAAGCUACAAUACUUCACUACACUUUAUUUUCAAAAAACUAUCCAAUUAAUUGCUUUAUGCAGCAAUCCAUUGACAAGUCGCCAUCAUUUGCAAGUAGUCAAAUCAUGAGCUUGAAAAAACCUUCGAACGGUUUUAAAUAAUAUACACAAAAUGAAUUUAGAUUCAUUUAUCUGUACUAAUCGAUCAAAGUUUUCAGAUAAUAAUAAUAAUUCAUCUCAUUCUAUCGUGGAAAGUAAUUCUAUGAACCAUAAUGUAACAUUACAACAUAAUUCCAAUGAUAUGAUUAUACAUGAUUCUAAUUUGGAAACUGAAAAAUACUCUCCUUACUUUAAUCUACUGAAUUCAAAUAUGUCAGAAGUAAACGAAAUUGGAAGUGAUUCGUUCACUACAUGUUGUACCACUAAAAUUGAUAAACUUGUUCAGUCUGGACCAUUAAAUACUUCAUCGAAUUAUUCACUUGAUCAAGUAUCGAAUCUUACCUCAUUUAUUCAUGAUCCUCAUUACCAGAAUCAGUACAAUAUAUCAUCACCCGUAUGGGAUGGAUGGUCUACUUUUUCCUCUGGUAAUCCCAUCAUUUAUUCAAAUUCCAACACAACAACAACCACUGAUACUAUAGACCGGCCAUAUGACGAACUGGAUAAUCUGUAUAAAUUUGUCGAAAUUUUUAAACAGAAACGAAUCAAAUUAGGCAUAACACAAGCUGAAGUAGGACAUGCGUUGGGUGAUUUAAAUGUAUGCAGUUUCGGUUGUUUAUCCCAGUCAACAAUAUGUCGAUUUGAAUCAUUGUCACUGUCACAUAAUAAUAUGUUUGCUUUGAAACCUGUCCUAGAGAUAUGGUUAAAACAAAUGGAGGAAAAUUUAUCACUGAAUUCGCAACAUUCUUCAAGCCAAGAAUCUCGAAAUUUCCUCAACGAUAAAUCUUUAAACCAAACAGAUUCAUUAACCAGUUCAUUAUUCUCAUCAACCUCUUUACUACCAACAACAUCAAAGCAUGCUUCAUCAACGCAGUCUACGUACAAUCGACGACGUAAACGUACAUCUAUUACUGGGUCUGACAAAUAUCUCCUCGAAUCAUAUUUUCGUACGGUAAACUGUAGACCAACAGUUGAACAAAUGAACCAAUUAGCUUCUCAACUAAACAUGACAAAAAGUGUGAUACGUGUGUGGUUCUGUAAUCAGAGGCAGAAACUGAAACGUCUUUCAAAAUUAUCUUCGAAUUCCUCACUUUAGAAUGAGCAACACUUUUUCCUCAGAAGUUUUCGGUUGGUUACUCUGUAAAUAGGUAGAUGUACAAUUCAGUAAAAUUUAGUUAAUACCCUUUAUCGAAGAGGUGUGCAUUUUUCAUUUGUGGAUUUUGACUACUUGACAAUACCUUUAGAAUAAACGAAUUGCUAUUCUUUUGCUGAACAGAACAUUUGGUUCCAAACAGUUCACAAGUGGAAAUGAACUGGAAUUUCAGAUCGUAAUUCUACUUCAUUUACUAUCUUUCUUGCCGUCGUUUAGACAGAUACAAAAAUCAACAUAAAACCUACGACAAAACUGCAUUAGUUCAAUUUGCCACACUUCAUAUCAACAGGCAAAGAAAAGGUGGAUAGAAAUGGAAUAACAUAAAAGCAGGCAAAAAGGUAUGAAACAAGAGAGAAUGAAUUGUUGGAAGUUAGUAAACGAAUGUUCAGGGCUACGAAGAAGAUACAGAGUGUAAUAAUUUGCUCCACAGCUGGGUAUUUAACCUAAGACGAUGGGAUUGAUUGAAUCACACAGGGCAUAUUUCUGAAUUUGUCUUUCAGUCCCUCAUGAAAUUUUGUCAUCUUCUCAUUGUUAUGAAGUUUCACUCCACACUUUAAAUAAAUUUUUCAG